ACAAGUGGUCGGAAGCAAAGCUGAAAUGGGAAUUGUAAUAAGAGGAUUCCCGCAUAAUGUGAUCUUAUGAGCAUGUGAGAAAUUGGAUUUCAUACUUGUCAAUGGAUAUGCAAAAAUGACCACUCUUGAUGUGUUACCAAGAAUGCUUCGGUGGAAAUACUUGGAAAAACUUAACUGGGACAAACUUAAUGAGGAAUUUGAGGAUGUCGAAACAAACACCAUUCUUUAUAUUAAAAUUGAAGAGAAAGAGAAGGGAGGCAGAUUACAUGACAUUUUUCCGGAACAAACAAGAAGUUGAAGAAAUUGAUGAACAAGAAGAGAAAAAUGCUGAGCAAAAAGGACAGGAAGAAAAAAAUCGUGAUGAACUUCAAAGACUAACACCACCAGCAGCGGCGACAAGACUGGAGAAGCUGGAAAUUGAUUUAAGUAAAUUACUAAAGUAAAACAUAUUGAUGACAACCAAGUAGCCAUGAAAGAAGAUAUGAGAGAAAUAAAGGCAAUGAUUGUGGAUUCUAUGGAGAUUAUGAGAACCAUUCAACAAGAUGUGCUUCUAUGUGUCAAAAACAGAAAAACAAACCAGCUUCUGAGGUGGACAGAGAAAAAGAAGUAUCUGUGGAGAGAACAUGAGGGACAAUUCGGUUAUCCUUCCCUCACGGACUCGUUUGAUAUCCGUCAAGAAACAAUGGACAGAACAUUUGAAGAACUUGAAAAGGUAAUAGCAAUGAGAAAAGUUGUUGCUCAAGGAAUCCAAAAGGGGGAAGACAUGAAUAUAAAGGACACUGAAGAAACGGAAAAUGAGGAAGAAGAAGAAGAAGAGAAGGAACAAAAAGAAAACAAAAAAGAAGAGGGAAAGGGAAAAGAACAAGUCGUAGCAAGUAAGACAACAAGACUUCACAAACAAUCAAAAAAUCUAAGAAGCCCGUACACUGAAAAAUUUGGGUAUGUCGAUGAAGAAAACGCAAUGAAGAAAUACACAAGAAAAAGUGCAAAGGAACAGAGGAAAAAAAUAGAGGAAGAGCUUGGCAUUCCUUCAUUCAUCAUCUUGACCCAAAGUUCUAACGACCCAGAUGAUAGAAUCUAG